CUAAUAAGCUCCCGAGCACAUCACUCACACAGCGCGCUGGCCAGAGAUCGGAACCAGACUAUACAAUUUUAGCGAGCCGGUUUCAUAUUAAUAUAAAAUCGGUAUAAUCUAUUUCCUCAACGUAAACUCAAACUUGUGCAAUAUGGAGGAAUCUUGCAAAAUUAAGCGCAGCAUAACUGAAGGAAGUGAGAAGGAAAAGAAGGAGCCUAGAAAUACGAACGAAACACCAUCAACAUCUGCGAGUACGAGUUCAACUUCAACUCCCCAACAAACCAACCCGAAACAACAGACGAAUCCUGAGAUUAUAUUUCACCAACCACCGAAGAAAAAGCGCAAACGAUCAUUUUCUCCGGUUAACUCAACUUCAAACUUAACAUCAUCAUCAUGUUCAGGGCCGUCGGGCAGGAGAGAAAAUACGCCUCCCAUAGACGUUAUGGUUCACAGUUUGAUCCGUCAGUAUCAUUCGGAUGGUGUGGGUGGCUCACCAGCGGGCGGCAGUGGAUCGUCGGUGGGACAGAGCCCCAUGAGCUCUCCUCAGCCGCCGCCUCCUCCUCCUUCGCUCAGUCCAAGGGGCGGAACAUCGUCACAGGUCCGACGAUUGGGCAGUCUGGAAGGUACAGGGGUAGGAAUCUUGCGAGAUGGAGCUGGCUGGCCAGGGUUUGGGAGCGAAGAGGAGAUGGGAAUGAGCUCUAGUGGAGCAGAAGAAGAUGAAAGGAACAAUAAAUAUGCUGGUUUUGAGUGGCAGUGGGACGACAAUGCCAAGUCCAAUGCAUGCUGCCUGGCCAAGAUGAAGACGGAGGUGAGGUUCCAUCUAGACUACAGCUGUGGUACGGCAGCGGCCAGGGGCUCCGAGAACAUGAGGGAUGGCCAGUUCUUCUGGGAGGUCAAGAUGGUCUCGCCCGUCUAUGGCACAGACAUGAUGAUAGGUGUCGGUACCCAGCAGGUUGACCUGAACCAGUACUCCAGAGCCUUCUGUAGCAUGCUAGGUCAUGAGCCCAGCAGCGAGAGCUGUGGACUCUCCUACACUGGUCGCUUCCAGAAGGGAGGCAUCGGUCGUAUGUACUGCAGCAAGUUCGGCCAGGGAGCGAUCAUCGGCAUGCACUUGGACAUGUGGUUCGGAACUCUCACCUACUACAGGAAUGGAAAACAUCUAGGUGUAGCGACUAGGAAUCUCCUGAGUAAGACGUGGUACCCCAUUGUCAGCUCCACGGCAGCCCGGUCCAGCAUGAGGUUAGUCAACACCAAAUCAUUCCCCAGCAACCUGCAGUUCUGGUGCUGCCAGGCCCUCAGGAAAGCCGUCCCUCCCGAACACAACGUCCUGGACGUGGUCCCGCUUCCCCCGGGCCUCAAGAACUUUCUGGAGGACAACCUGUCGUGGCUGCUCAGGGCCCACGUGGAGAGCAAGACGAAGGAGACGCAGACGGUGCUUAGCAUGAUGUCCAAGCGAUGGAAAGAAAAAAUGGACCCGGAAGAGGAGGAUGUAUGAUGGAUGGAACCGAUGCCGUCAAAGACUUCCUAGAAAGACGGUAAAAUCUGUUUGGAGAUGAUGCUAAUGCAUGUAACUUGUUAGUGUCAACGGUUGGUUGUCAUUUUCUUGCCAUGCUUAGCAUGAUGUCCAAGCGAUGGAAAGAAAAGAAGGACCCGGAAAAGGAGGAGGAUGUAUGAUGGAUGGAACCGAUGCCGUCAAAGACUUCCUAGAAAGAUCAUGGUAAAUCUGUUUGGAGGUGAUGCUGAUGCAUGUAACUUGUUUAGUGCCAACGGUUGGUUGUCAUUUUCUUGCCAUGCUUAGCAUGAUGUCCAAGCGAUGGAAAGAAAAAAUGGACCCGGAAGAGGAGGAUGUAUGAUGGA